AUGGAAAACCAAAAAAAAAAUGAUUCAAAGGAUUCAGUAAAGGCACAUUUUGAAGCGAUUGAAGAAUGUAAGGAUAAAAAAGAAAAGUAUGUAAGAUGUUUCAAUAAUUGGUAUAGAAACAAUUUCCUUAAAGGGGAUUUAACACAAGCCUGUGAUGAUUAUUAUGAGGACUAUCAAAUAUGCAUAAUAAAUGAUUUGAAUAAAAAGGGUUUAGGUCAUUUGCGUGAUUUGAACAAGUAA